CCCGAGCCUGGGCUGGCUUGCGCGUUCCACAGACAGAGACGUCGCUCUCAGGCGUCGCAUUUUUCUACGGACAGAAAGUCGAUACUCAAGCACUUUGUUACGUCCGGCAUUCCACGGCGUCCCGUUGGAUGUCCGCGCUUGCACGCCGUGGUUCAGACUUCCACACACAUCAGCAUGGAACGCGGGAAGCAGAACAAGACCCAAGGGAGUCAGGAUGACAGCCGGAAUGGCAGCCAGGAUCAGGUUCCUUCUACUUCAAGUUGCUUGAGCACUCCAGCGGAGGCAGUGGAACCCCCGGCUCAUGGCGAAGGCUCACACGUUCGAGGCGCUGUCUCGCAAGUGUUUGUGCCGUCGGCUGCCGAUUGCCAUAACGUUUUCAGAAGGGCGAUGCAGGAGCCAAGCUCACUGAGUACGGACGACCUGAAGCUGCUGUCUGUUGCCAUUUGCCAGUCAGCAAUCCGCAGGGUCAACUAUGCCAUCCCAGCCGCCGAAUUCUGCCUCGCCAUCAUCGAGCGCGGCGAACGUGCCCAGGCUGAAGGGUGCGAGACGUUUCUGGAGAGCCUGUUGCUGUUCUGCCGCGAGUUGUUCAACAGCCGCGACGAAGUAUUGAGGCCGCCCGACCAGCCCACAGUCCGAUCCAGGCGCUGGGUGGCUUACGUCACCUUCCUCGCCGAGCUCCUCGACGGCCUCAGCGAAGGUCUUGGCGAAAACACGCUCAGGCCUUGCCAUGGUGGCGCCGCUUCCACGGCCAAAGCAAGAAGCAUGAUGGUGCUUGCAACCCUGCUCUGUGUCAGCUGCCACACCAUCCUACAGCCGCCGUCACUUUACAAUCCCACCGAGAUGGACUGCCUCCGGACGGCACUGACCACCGCUGGCGCUGCCUUGGAGCGUGUGGCCCCGGAGCGACUGGCGUCCCUGCUGCGCGAGAUCCACGCCACCUUGGAAAUGCAGGGCCUGCCAAUCCGGUCACGCCACGUGCUGCUCGAAUUGAAAGAGCUCCAGGCUGCGGGCUGGCAGCUGAGCCCUGCGCAGCAGCCCAGCUUGUCAAGUGGUACGGGUCGUUAGGGCUGCAAAAAAAUGUCCAACGGCUCCCAAAACGACAUACUUUGCGAGGAUCGGCCUCAAGAACUCUGCGUCGCCACAGUGACGCCCUUCAAGCAGUGGCGUUGUAGUACCCCGUGUUCGGCAGCAAGACACAUCCGACAGGAAUGACGCAGAGCGCUGAGACUUGAUAAAUGUUUUGUGUGGGCCACGUAAAUAUUUUUUUCGCUA